GAUGGCAGCGCAUUAGGGCUGUUACCUGGCCGACCUGAGAAAAAACACAAGGAUGAAAUGAAAAUCAUAGUCGUCCGUUCGUGCUUUUGAGAGGAUUCGAUUUGCGCUGCUAUAGAUGAUUAUUCGUAAUUUUUGUAAUCACUAUUCUAAGUGAGAUCGGCUUAUUUCGCAGUUGCACCAGCGGCUAACGUUGUAUUGUACACCGUCAUUAUUAUUAGCGGGAUCUUGGUGGUGGAUUUUAAAGCGAUCUGUGCAAAUUUUCGGACGCUUGUAUUUGCGAGUCGGAUGUAUGGGGGGUGCUGUGCACUUCAUGACGUGUGGAAGUACUUAUUGAUCGCCGGCUAGUGACACAUUGAUGUAAUAUAUGAAUUGUUCCCCAAAACGAUGAUGUGCGCUGCUGCUGCGGCAGCUCCAGGCGGCGGAGGAAUCAUGUCUUCGUCCCCGUCUAUGGCGUUAGGUGUGCGGGUUUUUCCUGGAGCUGGGGACGAGUUUUGUGCUGCUGGAACCGGCAUGGCCUCCUGUUCCUCUUCGGGAUCCAAACCGGACUGUCGUAGCCGAUACCAACUGCUCCUGUCCGGCCGAGCCUUAGCUGAAAAGUACAGACGGAUUUACACCAGCGCUGUCAGCGACAAAGAACAAGGAAUAAGCCUCGGAAGGGGAAAGAAAGCUUUAACUAAGAAGAAACUGAAGAGGCGGCAAAAAAUCAGAUCAAAAGUCAGAACAAGAACAAAGACAGAUAAUGUGGAUGGGACCUUUUCGAUUCCUGACAUCAAGCUUCACAGUAAUCCUUCUGCGUUUAAUGUCUACUGUAAUGUACGCCGCUGUGUGCUGGACUGGCAGCAGAAGGAGGCCUCUUUGGUCCUGGCCUCCCGAAACUCUGUGCAGAGCGGCGACUCGGACAGCGAGGAAGAGGAGGAGUACCGAGAACCGGCUGUCAAACUACCCAAGAUCAUUGGUAUCGGACUGUGCGGAGUGUUUGAGCUUAUCAAGGAAACACGUUUUUCACACCCCUCACUGUGUUUAAGAAGCCUGCAAGCACUGCUAGACAUGCUCCAGGGACAACAGCCUGAGAGCUACCAAACCGAACCUCCAGAUGUACUGGAAUCACUGUUUCACCUGCUGCUGGAGACCACAGUCCGGAGUACAGGAAUGAAUGACCCCACUGGUCAGGCGCUGACAGCUCUGUCCUGUGCGUGCCUGUUCAGCUUGGUGGUGGCAUGGGGAGACACUGGGAAAAUCCUACAGUCUGUAUCUGCCAUCCUGACCAACAAUGGCAGCCAUGCCUGCCAAACUAUUCAGGUUCCAACAAUUCUGAAUGCUCUACAAAGAAGUGUACAAGCAGUGCUGGUAGGAAAGGUCCAGAUCCAGGACUGGUUUGGGAAUGGCAUUAAGCGAGCAGCACUGAUGAACAAGUGGGUUCUAAAAGAGGUCACCAUUGAUGAGGAUGAGCACUGUCUACUUCAAACGGACGGAUCCUUCCUUUAUCUGCUGUGCAAGGAUGGCCUCUACAAAAUCGGCUCAGGGUACAGCGGCACGGUCAGGGGCCAUGUGUACAACUCUACAUCACGCAUCAGGAAUCGAAAGGAAAAGAGGUCAUGGUUAGGAUUUGCUCAGGGCUCCCUGCUUUAUCGAGACAUGAACAAUCACAGCAUGGCAGCCAUCAAGAUCAAUCCAGAGACUCUGGAGCAGGAGGGUACCAUUACAAUGCCUGGUCUUCAAGCUGAGGGACAGAACAUCGUAUUUACCGAUGGAGAGUAUAUUAACCAGAUCGCAGCUUGCAAGGAUGAUGGCUUUGUGGUGCGAAUCUAUGCUACCAGCACAGACCCAGCCUUGCAGCAGGAGCUGCAACUUAAGCUGGCCAGAAAGUGUCUGCAUGCCUGUGGUAUUUCUUUAUUUGAUCUGGAGAAAGAUCUGCAUAUCAUCAGCACGGGGUUUGAUGAAGAAGCAGCGCUGCUUGGAGCUGGUCGAGAGUUUGCUUUAAUGAAAACAGCUUCUGGCAAGAUUUACUACACCGGAAAGUAUCAAAGCCUUGGCAUCAAGCAGGGUGGCCCAUCAGCUGGAAAGUGGGUGGAGCUGCCAGUCACAAAAUCACCUAAGAUUAUUCAGUUCUCAGUUGGCCAUGAUGGCUCUCAUGCACUCCUGGUGGCUGAAGAUGGCAGUGUCUUCUUUACUGGGUCUGCCAGUAAAGGAGAAGAUGGAGAGUCAACAAAAAGUCGUAGACAGCCGAAACCCUACAAGCCUAAGAAGAUAAUCAAGCUGGAGACCAAGACAGCCGUCUACACAGCCUGCAACAAUGGCAGCAGCAGCAUCGUGACUAAGGACGGAGAGCUCUACAUGUUUGGCAAGGAUGCCAUUUACAGCGACAGCACCUGUCAGGUAUCGGAUCUGAAGGGGCAUUUUGUAACUCAGGUGGCCAUGGGCAAAGCCCAUACGUGCGUCCUGACUAAAAAUGGGGAGGUGUGGACGUUUGGAGUAAACAACAAAGGCCAGUGUGGCAGAGACACCGGUGCCAUGAGUCAGGGAGGCAAAGCAUUUGGGGUGGAGAAUAUGGCUACAGCAAUGGAUGAGGAUUUGGAAGAUGAGCUGGAUGAGAAGGAGGAAAAGUCUAUGAUGUGCCAGCCAGGCAUGCACAAGUGGAAGCUGGAUCAGUGUAUGGUGUGCACUGUGUGUGGGGACUGCACUGGCUACGGUGCCAGCUGUGUAAGCAGCGGAAGACCAGACAGAGUGCCAGGAGGAAUUUGCGGCUGUGGCUCUGGCGAGUCGGGUUGCUCCUUGUGUGGCUGCUGCAAGGCUUGUGCACGUGAGCUGGAUGGCCAGGAGGCCAGGCAGAGAGGGAUUUUUGAUGCUGUGAAGGAGAUGAUACCUCUAGACCUACUUCUAGCUAUGCCUGUCCCUCCCCCUCCAGGCGUUAAUAUAGAGGAACACAUCCAGAUCCGGCAGGAAGAGAAGAGACAGCGCAUCAACCGGCGCCACAGGGUGGAGGAAGGCAGAGGCCCCCUUGCAUUCCCUGGUCCCCUAUUAAUGAACCAGCGUGAGCAGGCCCUAGCCAGACUAAGACCCCUUCAGGCUUUUAAGCUAAUGCGGGAGAAACUCAAAGAUGGUAGCAGUGAGCGUGGGGACAAAGAUGCGAGUAAGAUUACUACGUAUCCUCCAGGAGCAGUACGCUUUGACUGUGAGCUCCGUGCAGUGCAAGUCAGCUGUGGCUUUCACCACUCCGUGGUGCUGAUGGAAAAUGGUGAUGUUUACACAUUUGGCUAUGGUCAGCAUGGUCAGCUUGGACAUGGAGAUGUCAAUUCUAGGGGUUCUCCAACUUUAGUUCAGGCUCUUCCUGGCCCCAGUAUUCAGGUGACAGCAGGCAGUAACCACACUGCAGUGCUUCUUGUGGAUGGACAGGUCUUUACCUUCGGGAGUUUCUCGAAAGGACAACUUGGCCGUCCCAUUCUGGAUAUGCCCUACUGGAAUGCUAAACCUGCGGCCAUGCCUAACAUUGGUGCCAAGUAUGGUCGCAAAGCCACAUGGAUUGGUGCCAGUGGAGACCAGACCUUCCUGAGAAUCGAUGAAGCACUUAUAAACUCCCAUGUCUUGGCUACUUCAGAGAUCUUUGCCAGCAAACACAUUAUUGGUUUGGUUCCUACCUCUGUCUCUGAGCCACCUCCAUUUAAAUGCCUGCUGAUCAACAAAAUGGACGGAAGCUGUCGGACUUUCAAUGACUCAGAACAGGAGGACCUGCAGGGUUUCGGUCUCUGCUUAGACCCUGUAUAUGAUGUCAUCUGGAGGUUCCUGCCCAGCACACGAGAGAUGUGGUGCUAUAAUGCUGUAAUCGCAGAUGCCCGCAUGCCUUCUGCCUCAGACAUCCAGUCCCGUUGCAGCAUCCUGAGCCCAGAGCUGGCACUACCGUCUGGCUCCCAUGCCACCACCACACGGUCCCACGGAGCCCUGCAUGUCCUGGGUUGUCUGGACACGCUAGCCACCAUGCAAGAGCUGAAGAUGGGAGUAGCUAAUGCUGAAGAGGAGACUCAAGCUGUCAUGAAGGUUUACUCAAAGGAGGACUACAGUGUGGUCAACCGCUUUGAGAGUCAUGGUGGAGGCUGGGGUUACUCUGCUCACUCUGUAGAAGCCAUUCGUUUCUGUGCGGAUGCCGACAUCCUGCUUGGGGGUCUGGGACUUUUCGGAGGUCGAGGAGAAUACACAGCCAAAAUUAAGCUGUUUGAACUGGGCCCAGAUGGAGGCGAUCAUGAAACCGAUGGUGAUCUGUUGGCUGAAACAGAUGUCCUGGCCUAUGACUGUGCUGCUAGAGAAAAAUAUGCCAUGAUGUUUGAUGAGCCAGUGCUGCUUCAACUGGGUUGGUGGUAUGUCGCUUGGGCUCGGGUGUCAGGGCCCAGCAGUGACUGUGGUUCACAUGGCCAAGCAACUAUCACAACUGAUGAUGGUGUGGUGUUUCAGUUUAAGAGCUCCAAAAAAUCCAACAACGGUACUGAUGUAAAUGCUGGUCAGAUCCCCCAGUUGUUAUACAGGCUGCCCUCCAAUGAUGGCAAUGCAUCAAAAGGAAAACAGCAAACCAGUGAACCAGUUCACAUUCUGAAACGCACUUUUGCUAGGACCGUCUCAGUGGAGUGUUUUGAGUCUUUGCUCAGUAUCCUUCACUGGAGUUGGACCACUCUGGUGCUGGGGGUGGAGGAGCUGAGAGGACUGAAAGGUUUCCAAUACACAGCCACUCUGCUGGACCUGGAGCGUCUGCGCUUUGUGGGCGCCUGCUGUCUGCGCCUGCUCCGUGUUUACAUCUGCGAGAUCUACCCAAUCUCUGCCAGCACAAAAAUAGCUGUGGAGGAGUCGAGCAGGCUGGCAGAGUGUGUGGGUAAGACGCGCAGCCUACUCAAGAAGAUUUUGUCGGAGGGAAUGGACAACUGUCUCACCAAGCUGGACAAUGACCCUCAGGGCUACCUGAGUCAGCCUCUAACGUUGCUCGAAGCAGUUCUGCAGGAAUGCCACAAUACCUUCACUGCCUGUUUUCACUCCUUUUAUCCCACUCCUGCUCUGCAGUGGGCUUGUCUCUGUGAUCUCCUUAACUGUCUUGACCAGGACAUCCAAGAGGCAAACUUUCGCACCUCGAGCAGUCGUCUGCUGGCUGCCGUUAUGUCUGCACUGUGUAACACGUCAGUAAAGCUGACCUCCAUCCUGCCCAUUGCAUAUGACGGUGAGGUUAGGCUAUGCUCGCUGGUCAAACAGGUCAGCACGGAGAAUGACUCGGCCCUGGCAUACCGCUUCCCCCUGCUGGUAGCUCACAUGGAGAAACUCAGUCAUACGGAGGAGAACUUGAUGGGAAUGACGAGUUUCCGUGAGGUCCUGGAGAAAAUGCUGGUGAUAGUGGUGCUACCUGUGAGAAAGAGUUUGAGAAAAGAAGUGGAGCUUUUCUCUCCUCAUUUGGUCUCCAACACUUGCGGCCUUCUGGCCAGCAUCGUCAGCGAACUCACAGCAUCUGCGCUUGGUUCUGAGGUGGACGGGCUGAAUUCACUCCACUCAGUGAAGUCUACUCCUAACCGCUUCACUAAGACGAGCCAAGGUCGCAGCUGGAACACAGGCAACGGCUCCCCUGAUGCCAUCUGCUUUAACGUGGACAAGCCAGGUGUGGUGCUGGUGGGUUUCUGUGUCUAUGGAGGAGGUGGCAUCCAUGAGUAUGAACUGGAGGUUCUUGCUGAUGAUGCCCAGACUGAGCACCAUGGAGACUCGACACAUUCCCACAGAUGGACGUCUUUAGAGCUGGUUAAAGGCACUUACAGCACUGAUGACAGCCCUAGUGACAUUGCAGAGAUUCGUCUGGACAAGGCUGUGCCUCUGAAGGAGAGCGUGAAAUAUGCUGUCCGCCUACGUAACUACGGCAGUCGUACAGCUAAUGGGGAUGGAGGAAUGACCACGGUGCAGUGUUCGGAUGGAGUGACCUACACCUUUAGUACUUGCAGUCUCAGCAGUAAUGGAACCAACCAGACCAGAGGCCAGAUCCCUCAGGUCCUCUACUACAGAAGUGAGUAUGAUGGAGAUCUGCAGACUCAGCUACUAAGCAAAGCCAAUGAGGAGGAUAAAAACUGUAGUCGAGCUCUCUCAGUAGUUAGUGCUGUGGUUCGAGCUGCUAAGGACCUCCUGCACAGAGCUUUUGCUGUGGAUGCUGAAGAUAUUCCAGAGUUGCUGAGCAACUCCAGUCUGUUUUCUAUGCUGCUUCCUCUCAUUCUAGCCUACAUCGGCCCUGUAGCUGCUUUUGUACCAAAGGCUGCUGUGGAGGUUUUUGUAUUGGUGCAGGAGCUUCUUCCUGCUGUGUCUGCUCUGAACCAAAAGUAUGCACCACCUGCCUUUAAUCCUAACCAGUCUACAGACAGCACCACUGGAAACCAGCCUGAGCAGGGCCUGUCUGCUUGCACCACAUCCAGUCACUAUGCUGUUUUAGAGAGUGACCAUCCCUACAAGCAAGCUGGUGUCACCCAGUACAAGGUAUUUUUCCCAGACUGUGUUCGUUGGAUGACCAUAGAGUUUGACCCUCAGUGUGGCACAGCUCAGCCAGAGGAUGUGCUAAGGCUCCUCAUUCCCACUCGAGCAAUGCAUUUCUCUAGUCUGAGUGGCAGACCACUCGCCCAUGAAACCAUCAAUGCCUGGACCGAGCUGAAGAAGUUUUCCGGCUCCAACGGCUGGCCUACUAGCAUUCUUGUACUGCCAGGUAACGAGGCCGUCUUCUCCCUGGAAACAGCAUCAGAUUAUGUGAAAGAUGAGAAAGCCUGCUUCUAUGGUUUUAAAUGUGUGGCUGUAGGGUAUGAAUUUAACCCUGGCCCUGAAGAGGGCAUCAUUCAGCUGGAAAAGGAGCUGGCAUAUUUGGGCAGUGUGUGUGCUGCUGCCCUUAUGAAGAAGGACUUAGCUUUACCAAUAGGAAAUGAACUAGAAGAAGAUUUGGAGAUUCUUGAAGAGGCCUCACUUCAGGUCUGUAAGGCCCAUUCAGGAAUCCUGGGGAAAGGGCUGGCUCUCUCCCAUUCACCUACCAUUAUGGAGGCACUGGAGGGCAACUUGCCCCUGCACUUGCAGAGUAAUGAGCAUUCCUUUCUGGAGGACUUCAUCACUUGCGUGCCCAAUUCAAGUGGAGGUCGUCUAGCCAGGUGGCUUCAACCAGACUCUUACGCAGAUCCUCAGAAAACUUCUCUCAUCCUUAACAAAGAUGACAUCCGCUGUGGUUGGCCAACUACUGUUGUCGUGCAGACCAAAGACCAGUAUGGGGAUGUGGUACAUGUGCCAAAUAUGAAGGUGGAGGUAAAGGCUGUGCCCGUGUCUCAGAAAAAGUCUCUACAGCAGGACAACAUAAAGAAGUUUCAGCGACUCCCAGGAAGCCCCUCUAACUCAGCGUCAGGGAUGGACCUCACCUUCGGAGGCCUCCCACCACCAAAACUGGAGGCCACUUAUGAGCCCAUGAUCAUUAAAGAGGCCCGCUACAUUGCAAUUACCAUGAUGAAGGUUUAUGAGAAUUAUUCCUUUGAAGAGCUGCGCUUUGCAUCACCCACUCCUAAGAGGCCUAGUGAGAACAUGCUCAUCAGGGCUAACACAGAUGGCACCUACAGUGCAAACUGGACUCCUGGUGCUGUGGGGCUCUACACUAUCCAUGUCACAAUAGACGGCAUUGAGAUUGAUGCUGGUCUGGAGGUUGAAGUAAAAGAUCCACCAAAAGGCAUGAUUCCUCCAGGCACGCAGAUGGUUAAGCCCAAAGCUGAACCCCAGCCAAGCAAGGUGCGCAAAUUUGUCGCCAAGGACAGCGCAGGGCUGCGUGUGCGUAGUCACCCCUCUCUGCAGAGUGAACAGAUAGGCAUAGUCCAAGUCAAUGGCACCAUCACUUUCAUUGACGAGAUCCACAAUGAUGAUGGUGUGUGGCUCAGACUGAAUGAUGAGACUGUAAAGAAGUAUGUUCCCAACAUGAAUGGGUACACUGAAGCCUGGUGCCUCUCUUUUAACCAACAUCUGGGCAGAAGUCUUCUGGUCCCUGUCGAUGAGGCCAAGCCCCAGUCAGAUGAGUGUAUAAGGCAGACCAAUGGCCGCCCAUCCCAUGAAGCUUCCAUGCGCAGUGUGGACAGGGCUGGCCCGGGUGGUGGCCCAGGUUUUUAUAAGGUAGUGAAGACGGGGCCCUCGGGUCACAACAUCCGAAGCUGCCCAAACCUUAGAGGUAUCCCCAUUGGGAUGUUAGUUCUGGGGAACAAAGUCAAGGCAGUAGGCGAGGUGAUUAACUCUGAGGGCACCUGGGUGCAGCUGGACAAGAACAGCGUAGUUGAGUUUUGUGAGAGUGAUGAUGGAGAGGCCUGGUCCCUUGCCCGAGACAAAGGAGGAAACCAGUAUCUGCGCCAUGAAGAAGAGCAAACCAUCCUGGAGCAUAGUGCUCAGACUCCUCCCCCAAGUCCAUUCUCAGUGCAGACCUUCAGCAGGAAUAUGGACAGCACUGGAGCUCAGGGCUUCGAUUAUGGUAUCACUAACAGUAAAGGUGUCCGGCUGAGUGCCAUACUGAAUUCCGUUCAGUCUGGGCCUUUCCUCCCAGCUCCUUCCAUAUUUGAGCAAGCCGCCAAACCUCCCUCUUCCCCUGUCCACAGCCCUUUUGUGUUUGGACAAUCCCUUUCCCAGCAGCCUCAGCCACAACCACAGCUUCUGAAUGCUUCAUCAUGCAGCCUUUCUUCAAAUGAGCGUGUGCACAAAAGCAGUGCGACUGGGUCUGGCACCGCUCUCUCAUCUCUUACUCUCAGGCAAAAGGGUGAGAAGGGAAACGAAACCACUCGAUCCAUGUCUCCAGCAAGCAGGCACCAUCAUGAAGGCCGCUCUUCCAAAGGAGAUAGCCGUUCCAGCCGCACUACUGACCAGGGCAAAAAUAAGUCCAUUGAUAGCUUGUCUGCUAGCGAGGCUCUGAGCCUUAAAUCAGACACAGGAAAACUGCGCUCCGACUCCCACAGCCGCUCCCAUUCACCCAACCACAACACUCUACAGGCCCUGAAGGCAGAAGGGAAGACAUCAGGUCACCGGUCUGAGUCGCCAAACCCUGGCUCACGUUCCUCCUCACCCAAACAGAAAAUCAGUACCUCAGGCAGGUCGAGCCCCUCUAGCACGGGUUCCCCACGUUCCUCCUCUCCACAUGAUAAAAAUGUCCCACUGAAAGUCUGUCCCUCCUCCAAGGCCCAUCUAGACCCUCCUCGUGAGAGGUCCAAAUCUGACUCCUACACCCUGGACCCUGAUGUUCUGAGAAAGAAAAAGCUACCCCUGACUGAACCAAUAAGAGGCAGGUCUACAUCUCCCAAAUCAAAACUCUCACCCAAAGAUGACACGGGUGAAGGUGAUGAUGCUGAAAACUGUACUCCGUCCGCCCAUGUUGUCCAGGAGAAUCUCCAUAGUGAAGUAGUAGAAGUGUGCUCUUCCAGCACCCUUUUGUCCAACGAUGAAGCCAAUGAUGAAAAUUCAGAAUUAGCUAAUGCUGAAGAAGGCUCGUCCAAAGUACAUUUUAGUAUCGGAAAGGCACCAGUCAAGGAGGAAUCAGAAAGUCGAUCCUCGCCCAAGGUCAGCCGCAAGACCUCCAGCAGGCAUGCACGCCCCAAAAAGGACAAAUCAAGCCCACUCUUUAAAGGUGACAGUGCUCGUCAUACUGAACCCGCCAAGCAAGCCAUGUCACCCUCUGUGGCUGAAUGUGCCAGGGCUGUGUUUGCAGCCUUCCUAUGGCACGAGGGCAUUGUGCACGAUGCCAUGGCCUGCUCCUCCUUCCUGAAGUUCAACCCUGAGCUGACCAAAGAACAUGCACCUAUUCGAAAUUCACUCAGCGGCCAGCAGAAUGCGGAUGAAAGGGAGAGCAAGCAGAAGAAUCGUCACUCUCUGGAGAUCUCCUCUGCUCUUAACAUGUUCAACAUAUCACCACAUGGACCUGACAUCUCCAAGAUGGGCAGCAUUAAUAAGAACAAGGUUCUGUCCAUGCUUAAGGAGCCACCACUGCCUGAGAAGUGUGAGGAUGGAAAAGGUGAGGUCUCCUAUGAGGUGACGAGCCAUUCCACAUUGAGGUCAAAGUCUAUUCUGCCCCUCACUCUUCAACACCUUGUUGCUUUUUGGGAGGAUAUCUCUAUGGCAACUAUUAAAGCUGCCACACAGAAUAUGAUCUUUCCCAGCCCUGGUUCCAGUGCUAUUUUGAAAAAGAAGGAAAAUGAAAAGGACAACAAAAAGGCUAAGAAGGAAAAGAAGAAGAAGGAGAAAGCAGAGGUUCGCCCCAGAGGGAACCUGUUUGGGGAGAUGGCGCAGUUGGCCAUGGGAGGCCCAGAGAAAGACACUAUCUGUGAGCUUUGUGGAGAGUCUCACCCCUACCCUGUUACCUACCACAUGAGGCAAACCCACCCAGGCUGUGGACGUUAUGCUGGCGGUCAGGGCUAUAAUAGCAUUGGCCACUUCUGUGGCGGAUGGGCAGGAAACUGCGGAGAUGGUGGCAUAGGAGGCAGCACCUGGUAUCUGGUGUGUGACCGCUGCAGAGAGAAAUACCUCAGAGAGAAACAGUCUGCAGCCAGGGAGAAGGUCAAGCAGUCCAGAAAGAAGCCCCUACAAGUGAAAACUCCUCGAGCACUUCCGACUAUGGAGGCUCACCAGGUGAUCCGUGCCAACGCCCUGUUCCUCUUGUCCCUGAGCAGUGCAGCAGAGCCGAGCAUGCUGUGCCACCAUCCACCCAAACCGUUCCAUGCACACCUACCCAGCCUCAAAGAGGGCGUUUCUGAGGAGCUGCCGAAUAAAAUUGGCUGCCUGUAUUUGCAGACCCUGGCUCGUCAACACACAGAGAAUUUCGGCGCCUACCAGGAUGAAAACCUGUUCCAGGAUGAGAUGCGCUAUUUGAGAUCGACAUCGGUCCCGGCUCCUUAUAUCUCUGUCACACCAGAUGCUUGUCCUAAUGUCUUUGAGGAACCAGAAAGCAACAUGAAGUCUAUGCCGCCCAGUUUGGAGACAAGCCCCAUUACGGACAGUGACACAGCCAAACGUACCGUAUUCCAGCGCUCCUACUCGGUGGUUGCCUCCGAGUAUGACAAACAGCACUCUGCUUCUCCAGCCCGAGUGAAGGCAGUACCCAGGCGCAGGGUGCACAGUGGGGAUGCAGAAGUGGGCUCUUCCCUUUUGCGCCACCCUUCUCCUGAGCUCUCUCGUUUGAUCUCGGCACACGGCUCUCUCAGUAAGGGGGAAAGAAAUUUCCAGUGGCCUGUGCUUGCCUUUGUCAUUCAGCACCAUGAUCUGGAGGGCCUGGAGGUGGCCAUGAAGCAUGCUUUGCGCAAGUCAGCUUGCAGGGUGUUUGCCAUGGAGGCAUUCAACUGGCUACUGUGCAAUGUAAUUCAGACCACGUCUCUCCAUGAUAUCCUCUGGCACUUUGUGGCUUCUUUAACUCCAUCUCCCAGUGAGCCAGAGGAGGAAGAGGAGGAUGAGAACAAAGCAAACAAAGAUAUCGUGGAGCAGGAGAAGGACUUGGGUGUGUGUGAGCAUCCACUUUCUGAUAUCGUCAUUGCAGGAGAGGCUGCACACCCACUUCCUCACACCUUCCACCGGCUCCUUCAGACCAUCUCUGACCUAAUGAUGUCACUACCCAGUGGCAGUUCCCUUCAACAAAUGGCUCUCAGGUGCUGGAGUCUCAAAUUCAAGCAGUCAGACCACCAGUUUCUGCACCAAAGUAACGUGUUUCAUCACAUCAACAAUAUCCUGUCUAAAUCAGAUGAUGGAGACAGCGAAGAGAGCUUUAACAUCAGUGUGCAAUCGGGAUAUGAAGCUAUCAGCCAGGAGUUGUGCUUGGUGACCUGCUUGAAGGACUUGACCAGUGUGGUUGACAUGAAGACUUCAAGCAGACCUGCUAUGAUUGGCAGUCUGACAGAUGGCUCGACUGAGACGUUCUGGGAAUCAGGGGACGAGGACAAGAACAAGACUAAAAGCAUUACUAUCAGCUGUGUGAAAGGCAUUAAUGCCUUGUAUGUGUCAGUGCACAUUGAUAACUCUCGUGACCUUGGGAACAAAGUCACAUCAAUGACAUUCCUCUGUGGAAAGGCGGUAGAAGACCUGUGCAGGAUCAAACAGGUUGACUUGGAUUCGAGGCACAUGGGCUGGGUGACCAGUGAGCUGCCUGGUGGGGACCACCAUGUGAUCAAGAUUGAGAUGAAGGGGCCUGAGAACACACUGAGGGUGAGGCAGGUUAAAGUGCUUGGAUGGAAGGAUGGUGAGAGCAUCAAAAUCGCUGGGCAGAUCUCAGCUAGCGUGGCCCAGCAGAAGAAUUGUGAAGCGGAGACCCUCCGUGUUUUCCGUCUCAUCACUUCACAGGUGUUUGGAAAGCUGAUUUGUGGGGAUGCUGAGCCUACUCCAGAGCAGGAGGAGAAGAACCUGCUGUCAUCUCCAGAGGGUGAAGACAAGGCACCAUCUGAUGCUGAUUUAAAAGAACACAUGGUUGGCAUCAUAUUCAGCAGGAGCAAGCUCACUAAUCUGCAGAAACAGGUUUGUGCUCACAUUGUUCAGGCCAUACGCAUGGAAGCGACCCGUGUACGCGAGGAGUGGGAACAUGCCAUUUCUAGUAAGGAGAACGCCAACUCGCAGCCCAGUGAUGACGACGCCUCCUCUGAUGCCUACUGCUUUGAAUUGCUGUCCAUGGUUCUUGCUUUGAGUGGCUCCAAUGUGGGCAGACAAUACUUGGCUCAGCAACUCACACUGCUACAGGAUCUCUUCUCUCUACUGCACACAGCUUCACCACGUGUCCAGAGACAGGUAACGUCACUGCUCAGACGGGUCCUUCCUGAGGUGACUCCUGUACGACUGGCCAGCAUAAUCGGAGUGAAGGCUUUGCCACCAGCAGAUAUCAGUGACAUCAUCCACUCAACAGAGAAAGGUGACUGGAACAAACUGGGGAUCCUGGACAUGUUCCUGGGUUGUAUUGCCAAGGCUUUGACAGUACAACUGAAGGCCAAGGGCACUACAAUUGCUGGCAUUGCUGGCAUGGCAGUAGGCAAGGGCGUCACAACAGUCACUUUGCCCAUGAUCUUCAACUCAAGUUACAUCCGUCGAGGUGAGAGUCACUGGUGGAUGAAAGGCUCGACGCCACCUCAGAUUUCUGAGAUCAUCAUAAAGCUGGUUAAAGACAUGGCUGCUGGUCAUCUCUCAGAAGCCUGGUCUAGGGUAACUAAAAACGCCAUCGCUGAGACCAUUAUUGCUCUCACCAAGAUGGAGGAAGAGCACCGUUCACCAGUGCGCUGCAUUGCUACCACACGGCUCUGGCUGGCUCUGGCUUCUCUCUGUGUUCUGGAUCAAGACCACGUUGACCGUCUGUCCUCAGGCCGCUGGAUGGGCAAAGAUGGCCAGCAGAAACAGAUGCCCAUGUGUGAUAAUCACGAUGACGGCGAGACAGCGGCCAUCAUUCUGUGUAACGUGUGUGGGAACCUGUGUACUGACUGCGAUCGCUUCCUUCAUCUGCACCGGCGCACACGCUCCCAUCAGAGACAGGUCUUUAAAGAGGAAGAGGAAGCUAUCAAAGUUGAUCUUCAUGAAGGCUGUGGAAGGACCAAAUUAUUCUGGCUUAUGGCACUGGCUGACUCCAAGACCAUGAAGGCAAUGGUGGAGUUCAGAGAGCACACAGGUAAACCCGCUUCUAGCAGCUCAGAUGCCUGCCGCUUCUGUGGUACCAGAAAUGGCACAGAGUUGUCUGCAGUAGGCAGUGUGUGCUCAGACCCAGAUUGUCAGGAGUAUGCCAAACUGGCCUGCAGUAAGACCCAUGCGUGUGGUCACCCUUGCGGUGGGGUGAAGAAUGAGGAGCUGUGUUUACCCUGUCUACAUGGCUGUGACAAGAGCACUGGCUGUCUGAAACAGGAUGCAGAUGAUAUGUGCAUGAUCUGUUUCACCGAGGCUUUGUCUGCUGCCCCUGCUGUCCAGCUGGACUGCAGCCAUGUGUUCCAUCUUCAGUGCACACGCAGAGUGCUGGAAAACCGCUGGCUUGGGCCCAGAAUAACCUUUGGAUUUAUGUCCUGUCCUAUCUGUAAGAACAAAAUUAAUCAUUCCGUGAUCAAAGAUCUGCUGGAUCCUAUUAAAGAACUGUAUGAAGAUGUAAGAAGAAAAGCUUUAAUGAGACUGGAAUAUGAAGGCCUUCAUAAGAGUGAGGCCAUUACAAUGCCAGGAGCUCGCUUUUACAAUGACCCUGCUGGAUUUGCUAUGAAUAGAUAUGCUUAUUAUGUUUGCUACAAGUGCAAAAAGGCCUAUUUUGGAGGAGAGGCACGCUGUGAUGCAGAGGCGGGACAGGGCGAUGAUUACGAUCCCAGGGAGCUCAUCUGUGGAGCAUGCUCAGAUGUGUCCAGGGCACAGAUGUGCUCCAAACAUGGGACAGACUUUCUUGAAUAUAAAUGCCGUUACUGCUGUUCUGUCGCUGUAUUCUUUUGCUUCGGGACCACACACUUUUGCAAUGCCUGCCAUGAUGACUUCCAGAGAAUGACCAGCGUCCCCAAAGAAGAGCUGCCUCAUUGUCCAGCUGGUCCUAAGGGUAAACAGCUGGAGGGGAGUGAGUGCCCCCUGCAUGUUGUGCAUCCUCCCACUGGAGAAGAAUUUGCCCUGGGCUGUGGUGUGUGCAGAAAUGCCCAUACCUUCUAAGUUGCUGGCUCCCACGUGAUGGUCGCUCUCCGAGUCCCAGGUAUACCUGCCACUGCAGACCCCUGCUUAAGCCAGUCUAAGAGGAAUGAUCCCUGAUGUCUGGCUAUAAGGAAGCAGUGACACACCACUGUGCUUUGAGGUUCGAUGUCUCUCUCAGUGGACCCGAAGGAAUCCAGGGAAAAAGAUAAAACAUAGACAAAACCUUUGUGACGUGUUUGCAUGUAGCCGUUGUAACUCGGCUCCCAUAAACAGUGCGCACUUUCUUAUCACUGAAGUGUAACAAUAUAAAAAAUGGUCCCCCUUCCAAUUCUGUACAGUAUUCCCCACUGUUGAGUGCAUAAUGGUUUAGCAGAAACAGUUCUGUUCAGAUUAUAUAAGUGGACUGUCAGGAAUGUUAUGAUGACAGGAAAAUAGUGUACGAUUUAUCUAAACUUGUAUAUAAUAUUAUCCAAAAUAUGUGUACUCAGAUGUUGCUACUCUACACUUCAGUUUUGUUUGAUAUUCUGGGUUUUGUUUUGAGCCAGAACUUUUAAUGAAGUGCAAUACUGGGUGUGCCUCUCCACUCUUGCAGCUGUAAACAUGGAAUGUAUGUCAAAAAAAGCCACUGUACAUUUUUAUACAGUGAUAAACGCUGUUGUGGCUUCACCAGGCAAAUAUAAAACAUCUUUGUGCUCAGAAAUCUUCAACAGGCCUACAUCUGUUAAUGUAAACCCUUUCGACUUUCUCAAUUAUAUUAUGUGGUACAAACCCAUUUUCUGUGUUUUUAAAUCUAUUAAAGGUGAGUAUGUUCUAUUAUUGUACUGUAAAAUAGAACAUGUAAAUCUGGCUGGGGCCAGUGUUCAUACCAGAAAAAAAUUUAGAAAUUGUGUAUCUUUUGGAGGUGUGAGAAUGAGUGGAUGUGUAAUGAACCGCUGCUGUAAAAGACAAAAAAUACUUGCUACCUGUAAAUCUGCAUUGUAUUAUCUGUGGUGGAUAGAGUUGGAUGGUAAUAAAACAGAUUCUGUUCUGCAA